AUGAUUAUAUUAGUUUAUCUUUUAGUUAAUGUUUGCUUAAGCAAGAGAGUGUCAUAUUCAUGUUAAUCUGAAUAUUUUUGGACAGGAUAAACAUGCUUACCUUGUGAGAAAGGAUGUAAAUGUAGUUCUUAUAUGGGUUGUGAUGGAGGAUUACAAUGUUAAGAUGGUUGGGUAUAUUAAGAUGAAGGAGAAAAGAAAUGUGUACAAUGUCCAACAGGAUGUAGUACAUGUAUUGUAAAUGGAAUAAAUGGAUUUAUUUGUAAUAAAUGCUAAACAGGAUAUCAACUAAUAGGUAUCAAUAUUUAGUAUAUAUUUAUAGCAAAUAUCUGUGUACCACUGAGUUUUAAUCCAAGAUUAGGGAAUGUUAAGUUCUUUGGAUUUGGAUUAUGGGGAAUUCCUUAUUGGAAUAUUGCAUUGGAUAAUUUGCCAUAAGGUAUUGAAGAGGCUUAUUCCACAUUGGAUUGUAUUGAAAGAGAUUCAUCAACAACAUUUUGUUUGAAAUGUCCAGAUGGUUCAUGGUUGAAUGAAGUAAUGUAAUGUGAGAAAUGUGGGCCAGGUUGUUCUUUGUGUACGUCUAGAGGAACUUGUGUAGAAUGUCAAAGUGGAUAUUAUUGGGGUGAAUAGACAGGUUAAUAUAAUUAAUAUAAUGCAUAUUUCAAUGGAGCAGGAAGAUGCUUAGAAUGUAAUAUAAAAAAUGCUAAGAAUUGUGAUAGUAAAUAGGUUUUGAGUUGUAUAGAUGGAUUUUAUUUAUAAAAUUAAAUUUGUAUGGAUUGCUUAAAUUAAUGUUUAACUUGUACAGAUAGUAAUUCAUGUGUUACAUGUAAGUAAGGAUAUUUCUUAUAGAAUAAUUAAUGUUAGUUUUGUAUUGGAAAUAGUGAUAUGAAUAUAAAUUGUUUGGAAUGUUCUGAUCAAACUAAAUGUACUAAAUGUUCUGAUACUUAUAUGUUAAUAAAUUCUUAAUGCUAUUUAAUUCCAAUGGAUCCAGGAUGUGAAAAAUUUAGAGCCAAAGGAAAUAAUUAAGUUAUAUGUGAUAUUUGUUUAAAUGGAUAUUACUUAUAUCAAGGAACUUGUUAUUCUUGUUUGAAUUAGAAUGAAUUAUAUGAACUUUGUACAAAUUUGGAUGAAUCUGGAUAAUCUCCAUCCAUCUAUCCCACUUAAUGUUUUACUAAUAUAGCAGAUCCUAUUAGUUCAGCCAAUUACUUUUUAAUUCAAUAAACAGAUUAAGAAAUUAAUACUAACAUAUGUGUUCAAAAUAAUAAUGGAUGCAUUAAAAUGGUAGAUUCAAUUGGACAAUGUUCUUAAUGUGCUGAUCAUUACAUUUUAAAUAAUGGAGUUUGUUAUCCAUGUUCAACUAUUUUAAAUUGUUUAGAAUGUUCAUAUAAUUAAGGAGUAAUUUGCAAUCAAUGUAUUCAAUCUAAUUACUUAAAUAAUAAUGAAUGUAUUUAAUGUAUGGAAGGAUGUGAUGUUUGUUCUUCUUCAAACUCUUGUGAUAUAUGUUCUCCAGGAUAUUAUUAUAGUACAUUACAAUAGUGUGUAAAAUGUUCAGUUAAAAAUUGUUCAUCAUGUCCUAAUGAUACAUGUAGAAGUUGUUUACCAUAAUACUUCCUUUAUGCACAAACAUGUUAAUUAUGUCCUCCAGGUUGUUCUAAUUGCCAAGGCACUUAAGGCAGAGAAUGUACAUCUUGUCUUAAAGGAUUUUAUUUGAAAGUAUAUACAUAUCAACUUAGAUAUUUAGGAUAGAGGUUGUUAUCCUGGAACAUAAUAUUGUGCUCAAUAUAAUAAUGAUGGAACUUGUAAAAAUUGUAUCUAUGGAGCAUAUGUUGCUGACAAUUAAGAAUGUUUGCCUUGUAUCUCACUUGGAGCUGGAGUAAUUUCAUUCAUUUAUAUAUUAUAUAGUAUGUUUGUGGAUAAAAUGCUAAUGUCUAUUGCUUUUUAGAAAUAUUAAAUUUUGCUGUUUUAUUUAUCCUAUUAAUUCAGUGA